AAAUUCGCAAUCCACCUAUAUAAGAGAGGAAAUGAUCUCCCUCUUUUCUCAGACCGGGUUUCCCUCUUCUUCAGCCUAUCUAAUUAAACUAAAGAGCUUGAAAAAUAUGGGGUCGACGGACGAUCAGAAGAACCAGCUCAGGAGCCGAGCCGAGUCGAAAGACGAGGAGGCUGACAGCUUGUAUGCGAUGCAGCUAGCCAGCGCUUCAGUGCUUCCCAUGGUGCUGAAAGCAGCGGUGGAGCUGGACCUGCUGGAGCUGAUGGCUAGAGCCGGACCGGGAGCCGCCGUGUCCCCUUCUGAGCUGGCGGCUCAGCUCCCCACAACUAACCCGGACGCAGCCGUCAUGCUGGACCGGAUUCUCCGCCUCCUCUGCACCUACUCUGUCUUGAAGUGCUCUCUCCGGACCCUCGCCGACGGCCGGGUGGAGCGCCUCUACAGCUUGGCGCCGGUAUGCAAAUAUUUGACCAAGAACUCCGACGGCGUUUCCAUGGCGCCGCUCGUGAUCAUGAAUCAAGACAAAGUCCUCAUGGAAAGCUGGUAUCACUUCAAAGAAGCAAUACUUGAGGGUGGAGUACCUUUCAAUAAGGCAUAUGGAAUGAGCGCAUUUGAGUAUCCGGGAACAAACCCAAGAUUCAACAUGAUUUUCAAUGACGCAAUGUAUGAUGCUUCUACCAUUAUUAUGAAGAAGAUUCUAGAAUGUUACAAGGGAUUUGAAGGCCUCAAAACUCUCGUGGAUGUCGGCGGGGGGACAGGAGCCACCCUUAACUUGAUUCUCUCUAAAUAUCCAAAUAUUAAGGGCAUCAACUUCGAUUUGCCUCAUGUUAUUCAGGAUGCUCUUCCUUCUCCGGGAAUUGAGCAUACCGGGGGAGACAUGUUUGUGAGCGUGCCUAAAGGCGAUGCCAUUUUUAUGAAGUGGAUUUGUCACGAUUGGAGCGACGAGCAUUGCCUAAAGUUUUUGAAAAAAUGCAAUGAAGCACUUCCAGAAAAUGGAAAGGUUAUCAUCGCAGAGAGUAUUUUACCGGAAGAACCAGACACCACAUUGGCAACAAGAGAUGUGAUCCACGGUGAUGUCCUCAUGUUGGCAUAUAAUCCGGGCGGGAAGGAGAGGACCGAGAAGGAAUUUCAGAACCUAGCUAAGAGUUCUGGUUUCAUACAAUUUCGCAAAAUUUGUUGUGCUUUCAAUACCUGGAUCAUGGAACUCUGCAAGUCAACACACUAGAUCAUUUCAUACAUUACCCAAAAUAGGACUAAAACAGUUUGAAAAUUCCAAAAUAGUACUGUCAUGUUUUUAUUCCCAAAAUAGGACUAAUUACUGUCAUGUUUUGGCAGUACCAGACUUCAAACAGGGCAGUAUUUUCUAAACAUGGCAGUAAUUAGUCCUAUUUUGGGAAUAAAAAACAUGACAGUCCUAUUUUGGAAAUUUCAAACUGUUUUAGUCUUAUUUCGGAACUUUCCCAUGUUCUAAUUCACUUUUUCUCUUACGCUAAAUUUACUUGUAAUUGUCACAAUAAGAGUGAAACAAUAAAAAAUGAGCAAGCUAAGCUAAUGACAUCGUACAAUGACAUUAGUUGUCCUCUUCCAGUCUUUAUUUGUUUGAAUUAAGUUAAUGUACACUUUAAUAAAAAUGUAAUAGUAAAAGAAUGAAAUUCAUGUAUCACCGUGAAGAAGAUCUUAUGUUCA